AUGGCGACCCAGACACCCACUGUUGGAGAGCGCACCAUACUUCCAACGUCAAUAAAGUCGUUUCCAGAGGAUAAUCCCGCACUUCGCAUAGAUGGACGCGAGGAUUUCCACCAAGAGCGACGACAUCAUCUGGAGGUUUUGGGGCUUUCGAAUUUAGCAGAAACUCGAAGUGCUCCUACUGGCCGCGUUAAAUUUGCAGGCAUCCGUGGACACUAUGGGAAGGUUGCUCUGGAUGACUAUGAGGACGUUCUGGCUUGGACACAAGGCGAGGAAGAUGCAUCUCGUGGUAUUUCUGCCGAACGUGUCCUAGGAGGCGGUGACUCAGCCGGUGGGAACAUGACAGCCGCACUGAGUCUGGGGCUGAAGGAUGAAGGCAAGCAGCCAAUGAAAUUCCAGAUUCUCCUCUUCCCCGAGGCUAGGCUGCCAUUCGACACUCCUACUGUCGCAGAAAACAACUCAGGACUCUACUUGGAGUGCAACGGCAUCUUCUCAUUAGCAGACCAUUAUCUGCCUCGUACACCCAAUAAGUAUUACCCACCAUCACACCGCUAUGUUUCUCCUAGCAUACAGAAAACUGAGAACUUGACGGGCGUGCCACCAGCAGCAGUGUUCACCUGCGGGUUUGACUCGCUAAGAGACGAUGGGGUUGAGUAUGCCAACGAACUUGAAAGUAUCGGGAAUAAGAUUUCAGAGGCUGCGAAAGCGUCCACUGAUGUGACCGAGGGGACAAAGAAACUUGCCAGUGCAUAG